CUGCUCCGUUCGUUUCCCUCUGUCUGCCGGUGGCGCUGAACCGCUGCAGCACGCAGCCCGGACGUUGGGGGCUGGCAUACUGCGCGCGAGAGAGAGAACAGAAUGAGAAAAAAGGACCGGACCAGUCGAGCUUGUUGCAAAUCUGUUUCUCUUCCAAGCGGACGUGUUCGGGACAGAGAGAAGAGAGGACGAGAGUGAGCAAGAUGAGGAAGGGAACACUGAGUUUCAACUCGUGAAAGCAAGGGGGAAAUGAGGGGGGAAUACCUGUUAUAUCAAGGAAAGAACUUACUUUAAUAUUACACCAAGCCACAUCUGGAAAUAGUCGUCUGCAAGGAGCAGCAGCUCGAGACUCUAGGUCAGGAGGUGUAGUGGAGGAGAGGCAGACCAAGAAGUAGUGAGGUUCUGGGGAUGAGAAGUCACUGUUCUCUCCCUGUCUCCCCCAGAGAACCAGGAGACCACUGGGACUCUCAAACAGAGUGUGUGUUCAGUGUAUGUCCGGCCUUGUCCAGGUACCAUGGCUCUGGUUCAGACCCUGCCUGUGUCCACGACUGACCACCCCAAGCCUCCUACCAGCCUCAACAUCGUCUCCCUCUCCCCCGUGGUUGGAGGGCCCUGUGGCCCCUGUGGCCCCGGAGCCACCAUGGGCUCCGUCAGCAGCCUCAUUUCUGGCCGGACCUAUCAGGAGCAGCGACACUGCCGGGCAGCCAGCGAGUUCAGCACUAAGACACGCCAUAACACCCCAACCACCAGCUGUUUCAGGCUCCAGGGUGAUAGCAACACCCUGCACAGCGCGAGCUCCCUGGAACAACUACUGGUCAUCAACAACCAGACCCAGAUCCAGACCACACAGCUCCAGCCCCCGCCACUGCCCACCAAGAAGCAGCCCCGGUCAGGUAACUCUGCUGGUGGGACAGGGUGUGCGGCUGGAGGUGGUGUUGGUGCAGGGAAUGGAAACUAUGGGUUUGUGACUGAGGUGGUGACUGUAGGAGACUGGAAUGAUAACCAUGUGGUGGCGAUCGGGAGUCCGUGUAGCGACUCGGAGGAGCAGAGGGAUAACCGAGGUCUCAACGGGAAUAUUGGCGGUCCGCCGCCCAAACUCAUCCCUGUGUCGGGAAAACUGGAGAAGAACAUGGAGAAGUUUCUGAUCCGUCCCACUGCGUUCAAACCAGUGGUCCCCAAGAACCGUCACUCGGUGCAGUACCUCUCCCCGAGGCCAGGGGGCAGCCUCUCUGAGAGCCAGGGCAGCCUCAACCUCCUCCUGCCCCUACCUAUCAAUGGGAAUAAUGGAAAUACUGUGGUCAACAGCCCGGGGAGCUACGGAAAUGUCGUAUCUCUGCUCUGCUCUUCCUCGGACAGCAAAAGGAACUCAUACAGCGGAGGACGCAAUGCUCGCAGCAGCCAGUCCUGCUCCAUGUCAGACUCUGGCCGUAACUCCCUGUCCAGCCUCCCCACUCACAGCAGUACAGGCUACAGCUUGGCCCACAGCGAGGCCUCUGGGUCUGGAGGGUCCGGGGUGGGCCUGGAGCCUGGAGCUGGAAGAACUACUACUACCAACGGAGGAGGGUCGGUGACCCACGGGGUUCACAGUCACUCAACCUCCCACGGUCACUCUAACUCGGACAGCGGGCGUUCGUCAUCCAGUAAGAGCACGGGGUCGCUGAGCGGGCGCGGCCAGCCCCUGUCGGACAGUGGGUCGUGUGGGCACUCACCCCCGCCCCUGGAGGGGUGCGAGGGGGUGAUGAGGGAGCUGGAGGAGAAGCUGAGGGAGAGGGAUUUGGAACUGCAGCAGCUCAGAGAGAACCUGGACGAGAACGAGGCCGCCAUCUGUCAGGUGUACGAGGAAAAGCAGCGUCGCUGUGAGAGGGAGCUGGAGGAAAUGAGACAGAGCUGCUCUUCCAAGAUGAAACAGGCUACACAGAAGGCCCAGAGAGUCCAACAGGCCUUACAACUACAGGUGUUCCAGCUGCAGCAGGAGAAAAAGAAGCUUCAGGAGGACUUCUCCUCUCUGCUGCAGGACAGGGAGGUGCUGGAGAGAAGGUGUGCCUCCAUACAGAGAGAACAGAUCCAGUUGGGACCGCGCCUAGAGGAGACAAAGUGGGAGGUGUGUCAGAAGUCAGGUGAGAUAUCCCUGUUGAAACAGCAACUGAAGGAGAUCCAGUCAGAGCUGAGCCAGAAGGGUGGGGAACUGGUGGUCCUGAAGUCCCAGCUGAGGGAGGCCAGGACCGACCUCCAAAACAGCCAGGCCAGGAGCCAGGAGGCUGGGUCGGCCCUGCGGACACGCUCCCUGGAGCUAGAGGUCUGCGAGAAUGAGCUCCAGCGCAGGAAGAGCGAGGCUGAGCUUCUCCGUGAGAAAGUCAUACGCUUGGAAGAAGAGUUGGCCCAGCUUCGAGGUGCCCUGGCCAAUCAGGGAGGAGGCUAUCUUCCUGGAGGCCAGGCGCCGGCUAAUAAGGGCCAGUGCAUGAGCCUGCCCCUCCCCCAGGGCCGUGGGGGUGUGGAGGGUGGAAAGGGGGGCCCUAGCCCCUCUACGGGGUACCGUGAGGCGGAGGAGGGCAGGCUGGUAUGGGGAGGGGAGAGUGAUGAGGCCAAGACUCAGAGGCUGAGUGCUGAAGCUGUGCUGGGACUCAGGCAACAGGUGGAGAGGCUGAGGGCAGAGCUGAUGUACGAGAGGAGGAGCAGUGAGGAGCAGCUGGGAGGGUUCGAGGAGGAGAGGAGGGUCUGGCAGGAGGAGAAGGAAAAGGUGAUCCGCUACCAGAAGCAGCUGCAGCAGAACUACAUCCAGAUGUACAGGAGGAACAGAGAUCUGGAGAGGGUGAUGAGAGAGCUCAGUCUAGAGCUGGAGAACAGAGACAUAGAGGACUACGACAUCCAAAGCGGCAGCAACGACAUCCACUUUGAGGAGAUGACCGCUACUGAGAUCUAGAGGGGACAACACAGGGGUGUCCUCUCGCCCCAUUGAGAUUUAGAGACCAGACAGGGACGUCGUCUAACCCCAGUGAUAUCAAAAUCAAAUCAAAUUGUAUUGGUCACAUACAUGUGUUUAGCAGAUGUUAAAUGCUUGUGUUUCUAGCUCCGACAGUAGCAUCUCCUGAUAUUUAGAGACAUGGGUGUCCUCUCGCCCCCAUGACUAUUAAUACCAGCACCCUGAAAUGAUCUGAUUUCCCCAUCACUGCUACUGAGAGGGUUGCAUCCAAAACGGAACCCUAUUUCCUAUGUAGUGCACUAACUUUGGCUAGAGAACAGGGUGCCAUUUGAAAUGUGCAUCUAGAAUACCGAGGGUAUAUCUGAACAUAUUCCCCUAACCACAGUACAAGCACUCUUUACUUCUCUAUGGACCGUUUGCUGUCAUGGACAUUAAGGGAGCAUCUCUGUUUAAGGGUGGAUCCGCUCCACUUGACAUUGGGAUGCACCCUCCUCCUGGACCACACAGGAACAGCUGACUACCUGCAGUCAGAAAAGACUCCAUCACAUCUUUAUUCAGACUUAAAAGAGAGGUUAGUGUGUAUCUCAAUAGUUGAGAGUGUCUUCCUCCCCAGAGUAAGAUUCACCCUCAGACCAACACAUCCUCCUUGCCUCCUCACAUGGGUUUGAUUGCCCAGCUAUAGUACCAGCACUCUGUUGGACAUAUAUUAUGACUUUUGACUUGAGAAACAAGCAGGUGCCACUCAAAUCAGUGUAUUGAAAGCAAAGGGGAGAAUCAAGUCAAGUAUAAUCACAUCUGUAUGGAGCACACAGGUGUGACUACCUGACCACCAGCACAUAAUGAUGACAUUACUAUAACGAUGACAUCAUCACCACUCAACUGUGUUUCCGUUCGUCCACAGGACUUUGUGCACCUUUGCACUAAAGCAAUGAUGUAAUAACACUUUCACAAUUUGUGUUGUCAAUGUUAUAUAUACAGUGUUCAAUGGAUCAGCAACUCAUCUAGAAGUAGUACGGAAAGGACCAGAAAUACUCCACUGAAAUAUGGGUUUACAUUCGGUGGAAUUGGAAGCCACAACCUUGUCUUUUCUCAGCUAUGGAAAGACUAUGUAGUAUUUUGAUGGGAUGUAUAAGGACUCUUGGCACAAAUAGCAAAUGCAACUGUUCAGUUAUCAGCACUGGCUAAGAAAGGAACUGUUGUCUACACUCUUCCUUGUUCAUGGAAUCUUCAAACAUCCUGGAUUUCUAUCAUUGGCUGCUUGUUGCUAAAAUGUCAACAUUCUGUUCUGUCAUUGGCUGAACCAUAUCUGUCAGUUGAUAUUGACUCUCAGCUCCCCAAAUGUGGUGAGAAGGAAGAGAAAACCAAAAGAAGACAUCAAAGGCUUAAUGUGAGUGCUGUGUUGUGCUCCUCCUCUCUUUAAGCCAAUCAAUAGUCACCCUAUUGUAUCUUCUCUACAACCUCUCUCGUGUGAAUGACACAAAUAGAAGCAUGUAGCACUAUGAGGCAGUGAUUAGCAUGGGAGAUAUCAGCACAAAUACAACCGCUGCCCUUCUCUCUCUCUCUCUCUCUCUCUCUCUCUCUCUCUCUCUCUCUCUCUCUCUCUCUCUCUCCAGCACAAACUUUCAUAUCAGAGAAAGAAACAAACCUUAAUUGGUCAACUCAAGCUGCCCGUCAAAGAUAUCGAUGCUGCAUUGGCUGCUGGGACUGUUAUGAAGCCGUCUUGGAUCAGUGAGCAUAUGGUGUCGCUUUUCCUUAUGGUAUCACAGUGAAACCAACAAAACAUCCCUGUUCAACUGUACUUUGCUCCUUCCUCCCUUGGCCUCUCACUGUUGUACACGCUGGACUGUGAAUACUCUUCUAACGUUUUACUUUUUAUUACUAGACCCCCCCCCCCCCUCUCACUCCUUCUCAUCAAAAAGCCAAAUAACACUUCCUAGACUUCCUGUCCCUUCUGGCCAGUGACUGUGAGGCUCACUCACUGACAUCUAGAUAAUGUGGAUGGCAAAAUUGCAUGUCUUUCCCUUGUCUGUCAAAGUCUGGGAGAGGACGGUCCAGGUAAUGUAGGGCAGGAUUCCCCAACUGGCAGUGAUUUUAUUUGGCCUCCCAAGUUUUCUGAGCAAAAGAAAACACAUAUAUAUAUAUAUAUCUCUCUCAAAUUAUAUAUUUUUUAAAUGUUGUUAGACAUAAACGACUAAAAACACCAGCAAAUCAGCUCCAGGUGAUUUUAAUUUUGGAAAUCUGUUCCAAAGUAUUCCCAUGCAUAAUAGUGAAAUAGAUACAUGUGAUCGUAUACAAAUGUAAACAAGGUUUGAAAUUAUUGUUUUAGUCAAAUAUAUAUGUUUGGGCAUUUUGCGGUCAAUUUGCGGUCUACAAAUUAUUUGUAAUUAUGUACCAGUCCGCUGACCAUCCGCUCAAGAAAAUUUAAGCCUGCGGCUAAAUCUAGUUGAUGAUCCCUGAUGUAGGGGUUUGUGCUGGACAGUGCAUGAUGUAUUAGCCUAAGGCAUGACAACCAGGUCAUUAUGGAACUGUUACAGUGGUUAUAUCAACAUUUUGGCAACCACUGCCAUAGAAAUAUAAUUAAUAGAAUGUAAUUCUAUUUCUAUGUGGGGAACCAUAGAUAAAUAUGGGAGUCUUCAGUUGUGCUUCCUCAUAAGAAGGGAUUAAACUAGAGCUCUGGUCUUUUAUAUUAGAGAGGUAAACAGAGUUUAUAAAAAGGAAUCUAACAGAUAAAUGGAAAUCAAUAUGAUCUAUGAUGAUGAUGAAUAUUUUUUUUAUAUAGCACCUGAAGAUAUUUUGUGGUAACACCAGUACCAUUGUGGGUUUAAUGUACAAAGUAUAAUAAAGAGUUCUAUAUAUCUUUACAGUACCACACAUAUACCAAUGAGAUGAUUAAACACAAUUGGAAAGGGUCUGGAAAGAGUGGCACGAACAUCUAUUGCAUGCAUAAAACAUUUUUUACAUCAUCUUGAACAAACAAAAAAGUCACGAUUCAAACUCCACUCUUUGUUCUUGAUCAAGCUGCAUUAUGAUUAAACAAACAUACAACAAUAUGGGAAAUAUCCAGCUUUUAGCCAAGGUUCACAUUGGUCAGCACAUUAAUGGUCAUCCUUGUUCAAUGCGAUUGCGUUUUCAUUUGGCGGCCAUUAUAAUCUAUAUCACCCAAUAUCAUCGUCUUCGUUGUGUUUGUCAUCUUCAGACUACACUUAUUAACACACAAAGCAUUUCAUCCAAAUAAUAUCUCAACUAAAAAUGUGUUCAUCACAUAUGGUAGAAACAUUCAUCUUCAAUUUAGUCGUAUAGGUCUACAAGGAUACCAUUUUACAACAUUCAAGAUGUAUUUUUAAGAGAGGAAUAGAACAUAUAUUCCAGUGUGGAUGUACCAUCAUCUGUAACACAGUCAGGUGGGAAAAGCAGCUCAGGUGUAUUUUUUUAAAUUGAACCUUUAUUUAACUAGACAAGCCAGCUAAGAACAAAUUCUUAUUUACAAUGACAGUCUACCACAGCCAACAACUAACCCAGAUCAUGUUGGGCCAAUUGUGCGCUGCCCUAUGGGACUCCCAAUCACAGCCAGCUGUGAUAUAGCCCAGAAUCGAACCUGGGUCUGUAGUGACACCUCUAGCACUGAGAUGCAGUGCCUUAGACCACUGCGCCACUUGGGAGCCCCCGAGUGGUAAUGACUAACACAGUAGCAAAGGUGUAAUGGUUAACACAGUAGCACAGGUGUAAUGGUUAACACAGUAGCACAGGUGUAAUGGUUAACACAGUAGCACAGGUGUAAUGGUUGACACAGUAGCACAGGUGUAAUGGUUAACACAGUAGCACAGGUGUAAUGGUUAACACAGUAGCACAGGUGUAAUGGUUAACACAGUACAGUAGCACUGGUAAAGUGAACUGAAAGGGACCCCAGUGUUCAUUUUGGCACUCUGUUUCAGAUUUAGUCAUUUUGACUUAAAUAUAAUUAAGUCUGAUUCACAUUUCAAUAAUGAUUUAGUGUAGUUAUUGACAAAAUGACAAAAACAGUGGUCCAUUUUUGUCAACUAAAUGCCCUUUCAUUUUAGUCAUUUAGUUACGUCACAUUUUUAUUGCCUCAUUAACCUAUAGUAAACAUAAAUCACUGACUUCCAUGUGCACAAACAAACACAGCCUUGUCCUACCAACAUAUUUUUCUGCAUAAAAUCCUAUUCUCAUCCCAACAGCAGAAAUAUGACAAACAUAUAUAAGAAUUGUCUGGCCUCGGUCGCGUCAUUUCCAUUGUUAUCAACGUUCCACAGACGCCGCAGCCACAUUGAUGUCCAAAAGUAGAACGGGGCACAGACGUCAGUUCAGCGUCUACUUUUGAUUUACAUUUGGUUGAGUUGUCAACUAACCUGAAUUCAAUGUGAGAUCAACAUAAAAUGUAAUGUCAUUGGAUUUAGGAUAAAAGUUAGGAUAAAAGACGACACUUCCUUACAUUGAUUACUUUUUCCAAAUCCAAUCAGUUUUCCACAUUGAUUCAACUUCAUCACAUUAAAUGUUUUUGUUGAAAUGACGUGGAAAUAAUGUUGAUUCAACCAGUUUUUGCCCAGUGGGUAAUGAUUUCGAACGGGAGGGAGCUAAUGACUGUUUUGCCCAGUGAUGUAGUUGAUUAAUUAAACCUCGAAACCUAAUCAAGUCCCAACUAAGUCCCCUGUGCUCGAGUCCAAGUCAGAGUCACCAAUGGUCGAGUCACGAGUCCUGGUCCAAGUGCUCAAGUCUGAGUCACUGGGUCCACUCAAAAUAAAGUUAUUUACCCAGUCAGAGGUAGUGUAGUGUCAAGAUGAAUUUAUUCAAUAAAUUGUUUGCUAUUCCUUUUCCUUUCUUUCUAUGCUACCAAAUGUUUGCAUAGGCUACUGGUAAUGUUACCAGGGCCACGUUCAGUUGCAAAACUUUGUUGAACGUUGCAAAUAGAAAUUCCAUGAAUAGAGCCAACGUUAUUCCUUAUUCAACAUGUCAGAUAGAAAUGUGCUAUGUAGAACAAACAUGCCUACCAGAGUGUUCCGUCCUGCUGAACACGGCCCAGGUUGGUAGGUAUAACUAGCUAAUGAGGUAACAUGACUGAACAAAGUGUAGUCUAAAUAAAUGGUUAAUGGUCCGGUCCUAGUUUUAGAACGGCCCGCGAUAUGCUUUAUGAAUGUUAAAUGCGCCCCGCCAAUGCAUGAUAGAAAGAAAAAUCGUAGCGUCAGUAUUAUGGGUCAUAUCUUUUGAGCGGUAAUCUCUCAAGCCGUUUUCUUAAGCCAUGUUCACAUUGGCAGUUUGAAAUGACUUAAAUCCUAUUUGCAUAUCCAAUCUUUUCUUUUUCCUGCAGUCUGAACAGGCAAAAAGCACAUGGAAUCUGAUAAUUCAAGCCACAUUUCAAACCACCUUCGCAGGUGGUUUGAAGUCAGAUACAAAUCUGAUUCCUGGCCAAGUGACUUGUGUCUUAACGGGAAAAUCAGAUUUAUUUGCCCUCAAGUUGUUUUGAUAGUUGGAUAAUCCUUUCCUUUGAGGCUUUAAAAGUGUUCCUACACUGUAAUUUUGAACAUUCAAAGCAACUGGGAAACAUUCUACAUAACUUCUGAGUGAUGAGGAAUCACGAACACCACCACCGAUCAGUUCUAAAAACUAUUGUUCAGUCCACUUAGUAGUCAGACUUGAGAUCAUUUAGUCUCGUCUCGUUUUAGGCAACUGAAAUAUUUUUUUUGGUUUAGUUAUAGUUUUUUUCUGGUUUAUUUAGUCAGUUAUAGUCUAGUCAACUGCCACUGAAAAAGUAGGUGUUUGAUAAAUAUUUGAGUUCUUAUUUUUGUUGACUAAAUUAACUGUGAGGAACCCCCUCGGUGAAAGCACAGUGCACUCUGGAUACCCCUUUCCACAUUUCUCACUUUUCUUCAUAACCCCAUAAUAACAAUUUUCUGUGUAAAUACAGUCAGUAUCUAACUGAAAAUGACAUACAGGUAACUGCCAAAAUAAAGGAAACGUGUGUAAAUGAGGGAUACAAAGUAUAUUGAAAGUAGGUGCUAAGGUGUGGGUCUUGAGUUAAUUAAGCAGUUAACAUCCCAUCAUGCUUAGGGUCAUGUAUAAAAAUGCUGGGCAGUCCAUUAUUUUGGCUACCAUGGCUAUGCCCCCAUAGGAUUACAAGGCCCCUGUCCACAGGGCACAAGUGAUCACUGAAUGGUUUGAUGAGCAUGAAAACCAGAUCUCAACCCAAUUUAACACUUAUGGGAGAUUGUGGAGCGGAGAUUGUGUAACCACCAACAAAACACCAGCGUUUUCCCUCCAAUAGAGUUCCAGACACUUAUAGAAUCUAUGCCAAUGUGCAUUGAAGCUCUUCUGGCUCGUGGAGGCACAACACCCUAUUAAGACUGUUGGUGUUUCCUUUAUUUUGGCAGUUACUUCUACAUUGAGUGACAUUCUAGUCCUUUACUCAGACGAAAAUAAAUAUUUCAAAUGUAGCCACUGCGACUAUAGACCAAAGCAACGUAACACGUUUGUUUGUAUUUGUCUUGUUUCUUUUCUUCCUUAGUGUGCAUAAGUAUACAAUUAUAUUUUAGUGUGUUUAGGUGUUCUGUUUCUUUAUUAAUCCAUGGUCAUGUAUAUUUUCAUGCUGUAAAUUUAUUGUACAAAAUUAAGUUUGUUUUUAAUUAAAGAUACAAAAUGUCA